UUGUUCCUGCCCGUCACUCAGUUUCACUACUGCUGAACAUCUUUGCUCCAACGGUGGAUAUUUUUGCUGUUAACUGAGCAAACAUUUGCAGGUGACUCCUGGAUUCAUUCUAAUAUCUGGAUGGCUGGUUUUCACAUGAUGUCUGCUUUUUGGAUGGCAUUGCUUUUGUCAGUUCAUCUGGCUGAAGGUGUGCCGCAAAAGCCAAAGAGAUCCACCUUAAACCAGCUGACCAGGACCCUCCUGAGGAAAUACGACUGUGGAGUUCGACCUGUUCACAACUGGACUAGCUCAAUAACGGUCUACAUAGACCUCAUACUGCAGUCUGUCCUCGAUGUGGAUGGAAAGACUCAAAGCAUUACUGCAAGUAUUUGGUACAGACAGAUCUGGAGGGAUGAGUUCCUAGUUUGGGACCCAGAGGACUUUGAUGGGAUCACUGAGCUUUCACUCUCCUCUGAUGCUAUCUGGGUACCUGAUAUCAUCGUCACUGAAUUUGUGGAAGAGGGAAAGUCUCCUCCUAUCCCUUAUGUUUACGUCAACUCUUCUGGCUGUGUGAAGAACUACCGGCCCAUCCAGGCGGUGCUGGCAUGCAGCCUUGAAAUGUAUGCCUUUCCCUUUGACAAGCAGAACUGCAGCCUCACCUUUCGCAGCUGGCUUCACUCAGUGAAAGAAAUCGACCUGGCUCUGUGGAGGAGCGCAGAGGCCAUAGCUAACGAUAAGAGGGAGUUCAUGAAUGACGGAGAAUGGGAACUGCUGUCCAUCCCUUCACAAUACUGGCAGAUCCGCCAAGAUGACGCUGAUUAUGCUCAGAUCCAGUUUAAUCUGCUAAUCCGCCGACGCCCCCUGCUGUAUGUGGUUGGCCUCCUCAUUCCCAGCAUCUUCCUCAUGUCAGUGGACAUCGUGAGCUUCUACCUGCCUCUGAACAGCGGUACAAGGAUUGCUUUUAAAAUCAGCAUCCUGCUGGGAUACACCGUCUUCAGGGUCAACCUGACUGAUGAACUGCCUUCUUCUGCUGUCAGGACUCCUCUCAUUGGCGUGUUUUUCGUGGUGUGCAUGGCCAUGCUGAUGCUCAGUCUAAUCAAGUCAAUAUUGGUGGUGAAGCUGCUCCAUCACAGCGAGAAGGAGGUCAAGGAAAUGUCAUUGUCUGCCUGCCUGCUGGACAAGUACGGCCCAGCUGGCCACAGCCUUCCUGAAAGUGCUUUCACCUCCAUCAAAACCCUUGACAACAUCAACACACCUGGAGACUUUGAGCUUGAAAGCUCCAUGGAGGAAGAUCUUCUGUCACUAAAUGACAUCCCGGACCCUCCCUCUGGACUGGAGCGGCUUCUUCAAGAGCUGGUUUCCCUUCGGAUAGCUUUUUCCCAGGAUGACAGCGAUGCGUCAGCUCAGGCUGAAUGGCUGUCGCUCUGCUUAAGGCUUGACCGCGUGCUGUUUCACCUUUACAUGCUGGUUUUAGCUGUGUAUGCAGCCACUCUGCUGUUACUGUGGGCCAGAUGGAGCUUCACUUGACACAAUACACCGAAGCUCAGGUCGUUAAAUACAAGCUGUUACUCAGUGGAUGUAUUAAACAACAUUGUAUUUGGAAAUAUACAUAUUUAUUUAGGCUUUUAGAACUUCUUGAUUAGUUGUAGCAGUCUUUAAUGCCAAUUCUUCAACAUUUACAAACAUAUAUUUCGUAAUUAACCAAUAGUUAUCUAACAGAAAUUGGUGACAUAUCUCUCAUAUCUUGUCUUAAAAUAUUAAGGCUCUUAUAG